CGCGCGUCGUCCGCGCGUCGUCGCGGCGUCGGCGCGUCACACCGCGCGAGACGGCGGCGAGGUCGAUCGAGGCGGGGAUCAGAGGCGCGUCCACCCUCGCGCGUCAUGCCUCCCAAGGGCUCCGGCGCGGGCUCGAAGGGCGCGGGGGAUAAAAACUUGAAGAGCAAGUCCCCCGCGGAGUUUUUCCAGGACAACAAGGGCAUCGCCGGGUUCGAGAACGCGGGGAAAUCGCUGUACACGACGCUGAGAGAGUUCAUCGAGAACUCCUUGGACAGCGCGGAGAGCAUCGGGAUGCUCCCGGAGAUCAACAUCUCCAUCGAGGAGGUGACGCUGACGCAGUACGAGGAGCUGAUCGGCCUGAAGACGCACGUGCGGCAGGACGACUCCCUCUACGCGGACUUCGAGACAGAGAAGGAGAAGACGAAGCGGCUGAAACAAGAGGAGAGGAAAGCGAACGCGGCGGCGAAGAAAGGCGGCGGCGGCGACGGCACGAGAGUCCCCGGCGGCGGGAAGAAGGCGUUCUUCAGGAUCACCGUGGAGGACAACGGGAAAGGGAUGGCGCACAACGACAUCCCGAACAUGCUCGGAAGGGUCCUGUCCGGGACCAAGUACGGCGUGCGUCAGACGAGAGGGAAGUUUGGGCUGGGGAGCAAGAUGGCGCUGAUAUGGAGUAAGCAGACGACCGGGCUGCCCAUCAACAUCACGAGCGCGCAGCCGAACCAGAAGUUCAUAAGCAACUACGUGCUCGACAUUGACAUCGAGCGGAACGAGCCCAACGUGCACAAGGAGGAGAAGACGGACAACGACAAGAACUGGAACGGCGCCAUCUUGAGCGUCAUCAUCGAGGGCAACUGGAGCGCGUACAGGAACAAGGUGCUGUCGUACUUGCGGCAGAUGGCGAUCGUGACGCCGUACGCGCAGUUCAACUUCAAAUACGUCGGCGCGACGGAUGCCAAGGGGAACGUGGACGUCGUCUUCCGCAGGAGGACGGAGGUGAUGCCGACGCUGCCGACGACGACGAAGCACCACCCGUCCGCGGCGAAGGAGAACCAGCUGCUGAUUAAGGACCUCCUCUCGAACACGCGAGAGAAGACGCUGCAGAACUUUCUUCAGAAGGAGUUCACGUGCAUUGACAAGGCGCACGCGGGGCGGCUGAUCGCCGAGCUCGGGAAAGGGUUCGACGCUCAGAUGCCCCCGAAAGAAGUCACGGACACGCAGGGGACGCGCAUCCAGCAGCUCCUGUCGUCCGCGCGGUUCGCGGACCCGGACGGCGGGUGCUUAUCCCCCGCGGGGGAGUACAACCUGCGGUUAGGGAUCAUGAAGGAGCUCUCCCCAGACUGGGUCGCAUCGUUCGUCGGCCCGGCGCUCGCGUGCGCGGGGCACCCGCUGAUCGUCGAAGCGUGCGUUUCUCUGGGGGGGAAAGACGUCAAGGCAGGGUUCAACGUGUUCCGGUUCGCGAACCGGAUCCCGUUGCUGUUCGAGGCGGGGAGCGACGUCGUCACGAGGUGCGUGCAACGUCUGAACUGGGGGUCGUACAAGAUCGACAAGAACAACGACAAGAUCGGCAUCUUCGUCUCGAUCGUGUCCACGAAGAUUCCGUUCAAAGGGACGUCGAAGGAGUACAUCGGGGACGAUAACGUCGACAUCGCGGAGGCGGUCGACCGCGCUAUCCGAGCGUGCGCGAUCCAGUUGAAAGGGAAAAUCUCCAGAGCGCAAGCGGCAAAGGAGAAGCGCGCGAGGAAAAAAGUUUUACAACGGUACAUCCCCGACGUCUCGCGCGCGAUCGCGGGGUGUCUGAAGGACUCCGCGGCGUUCGCGGAGCCGCCACAUAAGCGGGCGAAGAACAACGCGAACGCGGGGACGCUCUGGGAGGUCGACCUCGCGUGGGAGAAGGAGAUUCUAGACAAGGUGAGAAACGGCCAAGUCACGGCGGCGACGCUCGCGCGGAAGCUCGAGGACUUCGUCGAGUCCAUGGACAGCGAGCAAGCGCUGGAGCACUCGAUGCAAAACAAGGAGGGGCUGACCGAUGCCGUGCACCUGAUGAACGUCGGGGGGUCGCACGAGUUCGCGCCGAUCGUGUACCACCCCGCGCUCGCGUUUAAAGGGUUGAAGGCGAGCGUCUUAGGGAAGCACCCGCUGCGGUGAGGCGAACGACGCCGGCGGCGAACGAACGAUUGAAUGAAUGAUUUUUUUCGUUU